AUAAUCGCAGGAGGAAACGUAGCCAAGGUCGGCCACCGCAGGAGGAGAGCAGCUUAUGAAAAAUUCACCUGUGCAGCCUUAAAACUUCAGGGGUCAUGAAAUUAGUUUCCAGGGGAAGAGUGGAGCUUUUCACAGCGAUGGACUCUGGUCAACUCAACUCUGCACCUUCUACCUUCUGUAUUCAAUGCACCCCCCAUCCCUCCAUCCCUCCAUCUCUUCAUCCCUCCAUCCCCCCAUCCCUCCCUCCAUCCCACCACCUCAGCAGGUUAGGACAGACAUCUUUCAGCCACUCCAGAACCCCAAAAAGACCCAAUGUGCUACUAAUAAUGAAGACAAGCCGGAGGCGCUUUACAGUGAUGGGACACUACAUCCAGUUCAUGUGACAGGGUCGGAGGUGGACAGCUUCAAUAAGGGAACCAGCCGGCGGACCAGGAAUUUCUAUCAUUUCAUGAUUCUGAACAGAACUAGAACUUACCAGAACCUCAGAGAAGCAGAGCCAGUGAAACCUGUAUCUGGGUCGGAGCCCAGCUGACUGUGGUUCCGUCUGCAGCUCCCACCUGGCCGGGUCUGCUUCACGCCUGCUGAACACUUCAAACCGUCCGUGCAGCUGCAGACGGAGACAAACACGGAACUGGCUGCUUCAGAAUGUGCAUAUCCUUUUAAAGGGUCCAACUCACAACUCACAUAGCAGGAAGCUACUGCAAACAGCCAUGCAAUAUGUGUUUGUUUUCUGUGUUUUAUUACCUGAUUCUCAUCGGGACAUGGUUGAAAACACUUGUUGCAGGUGCUUGAAACCAUUUCAGAUCAGAUUAGAUCACGCCACACCACGGUUUCCUGGCAACGGAUCAAACUGUACACUCAUACAGCAACAGGCUAGUUGUGUGAACAUUUACUGUAUUGUUUACUUUGUGUUGUUGUGCAGGCUGAACUUGGGCUCGGAGUCAUGGGUGUCUUCCAAACAUUUAGAAAGUUAAUACCAUCAUUAGUAAGAAGAGACAAAAGCCUUGUGUGACUCCUCCUCAGCAGAGGCUGAACACCAUAAAGUGUUCAAUCGAGUGUGACGAUCUCGCUGACCUUUGACCUUCCACACAGCAGCAGGUUUACCACAGAAGUAUCUGACUCCUGCUCAGAUCAGUGCAGAGGCACAGAAAAGAAGAGAAGUGGUCCCGAGAUGCCUGAUUGAGCACAUGGGGGGGAGACAUGAAGGCCUCAUCAGUGUCCACCACAGUCGUGAUGAAACAGAGGUGCACAAUGAGCUUGGCAUUUGCCCACUGAAAAUUUACAUGUGCCUUCAGCCCAACACCAUUGGAAUCAUCAUAAAUGACAGCCUGUGUUCAGAGGUUUGCCAAACCUGUCGAAAGCAUGCUGCCUCCUGUUUGGACUUACCUCUGCCCUCGACCUCAAAUAUCCCUCCAAAACGGUGCAUACUUUUGAGACAUAUCAGAGGCUCUUUGUGGGGUUGGACCCCAUGCAUCCUAAACCAUCAAAGUAUGCAAAUGUCCUUGACAAGUUGUCUUCUUAGUGGCAUCUGGCAAUGUUUUUUUUGAAAAAAUGCAAUCACUUUGGUAGGUGAGUUUGCUAAAUGCCAACAUAAACGUACUAUAACUUAAUCAGAUAAUUGGAUCAUCUUCAGGGUGAUACACUAUAAAUAUUUGUCUCUGAAUUUUACUAGUAUUUUGAUUUGAAAUAAGUAGUCUUACAGAUUUCUUUUGUUUGUUUUUGACCUUAAGACUCAUUUGACAGGUACAAGUUGCUCAGGUAAUAUAAUUUACAUGGUUAUUUUUCUUUUUUGUUCAUUGUUCAGUGCCUUUAUUAAUGUCGACUUUGGCCUGUGUUCUGUGUCAAUUAUUACCUCAAAUAGUCAAAAGUGUCGUGUGCACAAUUUGGUUCUUAAAGUUCUUAAAAAUAAUAGUUGGUCAAAAUAUAGAAGUCCUGUAAUAAUUUUCGACAGUGUGGUACAAUGUGAUGUUAUGGCUCACAUUCACUUUUAUCUAAACAUUGCAGAUUGGGCAGUUUGGAUAUUUCAUUUUACUGUUCAGGUUGAAAACACACUUAAUGCACUUACAGUAUUGUGUACAUUUGCGGCCACAUUUAUUGGCUGUUUUGUUCCCUGUUAAAAGUGACACUGGUUGACAUUGAAUAAAGGUUAUUUUCUUCAAUCUAUAUUCCCACCUUUUGUAAUUGUUAUUGACAAAGUCUGUUUAUGUAAAGUUAAUCAAUGUAGUAUGUAGACUAUAUAGCCAUUUAGAUUGUUUUCUGAGGUUAUAGGCAGCACUCCAUUAAAAUGUUUAUUCACAUAUGAUUAGUUUAAUUUUACUAAGAAAAUAAAGUUAUAAAACCCAUGAAUAAGUUACCUGUACCAACACUCAUCUAACUGAGCAAUACUAGUACUAUUAGUUAACUCUUGAUGAACUUGAACUUGAUUUUGUUGUGUUUGUAUUAAGUGUUAUUACAGUGUUUCUUACACUUAAAAAAGGCAAGUUGACUCAACUUAAAACAUCCAUGCAGCCGCUUGCCUCACUUUUUAUACUGUAAGUUAGAUCUAGGUAUUACUUUUUACAGUGUAGAGGAUCCUUAGUGUUAAUCUGUUUAUACAGAGUGGCAGGUGCCGUGGAAUUUGAAUGUGACUUAAUGAGAAUAAUAAUAAUAACAGAGGUUCACACAGGUUGUACCGUAACCUGUCAUUUCAAAUUAGGCUGGCAGCUCUGCUGUGGGCGUGUUCUGCACGGUGGUUGGCUGCAGCGCCCGCUGCCUCACGCCCGUUCAGACUGAGGUGGAACGUUUUGACUGAGCUGCCCUCAGUGACAGCGGAGCCUCAGUCUGCUGAAGGACGAGCUGCACGCCUACAGCCACAGGCCGUGAGCAUGGCGUCGACCAACUACCUGCUGACUGAGGAGCAGCUGCUGUGCUGCAUCUGCCUGGACGUGUUCACCGACCCCGUCACGCUGCUGUGUGGACACAACUUCUGCAAACACUGCAUCACGCAGCACCUGAGUUUUAACAGCCAGCGCCGGUGCCCCAUGUGCAAGGAGCAGGUGGACGGGAAGCACAGGCUCGGGGUCAACACCUUCAUAUCUGAGAUGGCCGUUCAGUUCCGGCGCUCGGCCGGACGCAGGGGCGGCGGCGCAGAGCAGCAGGACGCCGCUCCACAGAAACACUGCGUCCACGUCCCCUCGCCGCCCAGAAAGAACGAACUCCAGCGCGCGUGCUUCCUGUUGGCGCUGGGCCUGGUGUGUUUGGCUCUGUUGGCCGGGGCGUUCCACACCCGUCACCUGCUGCUCGGCCUCUUUGGUGCCGGGCGGGCGGGCGGAGUGUGCAGCAGGCACGACAGGCCUCUGGAGCUCUACUGCAGGAACGAGCAGACGCCCGUGUGCCGGGCCUGCGCCGAGUCCACGCACAGGUUCCAUCACGUGGUUGCUCUGGAAGAGGAAUUCGACGCAGCGAGGGCGGAGCUUGGGAAGUCGGAGGCCGAUCUUCAGCAGAGGAUCCGGGAGAGGGAGCUGAAAGUUGAGGAGCUGCAGCGCUCGGCGGAGUUGAGCAGGGAAACGGCCGUCAGCGAGAAGGAGCGCGGGGCCGGGGUCUUCUCGGCUCUGAUACGGGCCAUGGAGGCGGCCCAGGCUGAGCUGCUCAGAACCAUCCAACACAAGCAGGAAGCAAAAGAAAAACAAGUCAGAGGACUCAUUGAAGAGCUGCUGCUGGAAAUAUCUGUGCUGAGCAGGAGGCGCGUGAAGGUGGAGCAGCUCUCACGCGCCAAAGACCCCCUGCUUCUCUUCCAGGACCUCCCGUCUCUGAACACUGAACCCUCGACCAAAGACUGGGCCGACGUCAGCGUCUGCCCAGAGUUCUACGAAGGAGUGAUGAGGACGGCUCUGGUGAACGCUGUCAAUCAGCUGACGGAGACGGUUGCCAGGGAGAUGAAGAGCCAACAGGAGGCGGAGGUGCAGCGCGCCGAGCGCUACGCCGUGGACGUGACCCUGGACCCGGACGCGGCCCACCCGGCCCUCGUCCUGUCUGAGGACGGGAAGCGGGUCCACUGUGGGGACGUGAGGCACAAGCUCCCAGACGACGCCAAGCGCUUCCUGCUGGCGCUCAGCGUGGUGGCGAAGCAGAGCUUCUCCUGUGGGAGGUUUCACUACGACGUCCGGGUGGAAGGGAAGACGACGUGGACCCUCGGCGUGGCCCGGCACUCGGUCAGCAGGACGGGCAGAACCACGCUGAAGCCAGAGAACGGCUACUGGACCCUACAACUCCAGAACAGAACCCUGUAUGCCCUGGAGACCCGUCCGGUCCCGCUUAGUGUGGACGCUCCUCCUGAGCAGGUCAAGGUGUUUGUGUCGUAUGAAGAAGGUGUGGUGUCCUUCUACGACGUGGACGCCGCCGCUCUGCUCUACUCCUUUAAGGGCUGCGCCUUCACGGAGAGACUCCACCCGUUCUUCAGUCCUGGAGCCAGUGACGGAGGCAGAAACGCUGCACCGCUGGUCAUCGCUCCGGUCCAGUAGUGAGACUCAAGGGUCAGUCAAAAGAAGGAAGUCCAGGCCGUCGCGGCCGCAGCCGCAGACUGGAGACACGAGCGGACCUGCUUCAGGCACAGCUCCGUCCAACGGAACCAGAACGCGACUGAGCUGGUCACACGAAGCUCAUUCAAAUAGUGAUCUCAGCUGAUCCAGGCUGCUGAGGCAAAGCAGCGGUAGGAGUUAAAAUAGAUAAUUAGCUUCCAGGAAAUCAAGAGAACAAGACAAACCCGGUCAAAUGCUUUGCAGUAUUUGUGGUCAAACGCUUUAACCUCAGUUUCAUUUUAAGUCCUGCCGUUGACUGUGGUUGUCAUCAUAAUCAUCUUGCUGUGCUGCUUUGCCUGGUUCUGUCUCCAACACUGCGUUAGCAAGAGCAGACAAACUUGCUGCACUUCCCUCACUUUACUCUUUGUAGAUAUUCAUGGUUCACAGAAGUUGAAUGUAACAUGUAUUUGUGAUGAUGACAACAGCCACAACCCCCUAAAUUAAAAAAGCAUGGCACUGGUAUUUGCACUUUAGGGUGGAUUGAAGCUUUUCUCUGCAGUUUCACAGAGAACUGUUGAAUCAGCACCUCUGUGUUCUGCUAAAUGAGAUCUGAAUUACUCUGGCACCGCUGAGCGUCCCAGCGACGUUGUACCUGUCCUCCGUUCCUCCCGCUUCAUUAACCUCUCGUUUCUGCACCUCGCCUCAUCCCCUCGCCCGUGUCUGUUUAAAUGAGCUGUCAAUCAUCCAGCCGCAAUUACCCCAGCGUCGUUAUUCAUGUUCUUACUUUUACUUUGGUUUGGUGUUUUCUGUCAUGUUGCCUCUGCAAUGUUUCAGUUAGAAACUUUAGGUUCUGAACAUGUUUGAAACAACUGCGUGAGACACAAAGCGGCUGCGAACGCUAGAGCCAAAGAAACGUUUUAAAGCUGUCACCAGUAAAACACAGUCCUUCAGGAGUCGAUGUACGAUCAUUAAGGGACUUGGACCACAGCCUGGAGCACAUGGAUGCAGGAACAUGCUCACGGCCAGUCCAGUCGACUCAAGAAUUGUAUCAAAUAAAAACAACGAUAAUUACCAAAGAACAAAGUCAAAUAAAUAAAACUAUAUACUGUAAAUGUUA